AUGUUACACCACCAUUGUCGAAGGAACCCUGAACUCCAGGAAGAAUUGCAGAUUCAGGCUGCAGUGGCUGCCGGGGAUGUUCACACAGUACGAAAGAUGUUAGAACAAGGCUAUUCUCCAAAUGGCCGGGAUGCUAAUGGCUGGACCCUUCUUCAUUUCUCUGCAGCAAGAGGGAAGGAAAGAUGUGUUCGAGUAUUUCUAGAACAUGGAGCUGAUCCUACAGUUAAGGACUUGAUCGGAGGCUUCACUGCUCUUCAUUAUGCAGCUAUGCAUGGCCGGGCCCGGAUCGCACGCCUGAUGUUAGAGUCUGAAUACAGGAGUGACAUUAUUAAUGCCAAAAGUAAUGACGGCUGGACUCCCCUCCAUGUGGCUGCUCACUAUGGGAGGGACUCUUUUGUCCGACUUCUACUGGAGUUCAAGGCGGAGGUCGACCCGCUCAGUGAUAAAGGCACAACACCACUUCAGCUCGCUAUCAUCCGAGAGAGGUCAAGCUGCGUGAAGAUCCUCCUGGACCACAAUGCCAACAUUGACAUCCAGAACGGUUUCCUGCUGCGAUACGCUGUGAUCAAAAGCAAUCACUCUUAUUGCCGAAUGUUCCUUCAGAGAGGAGCAGACACAAACUUGGGUCGCUUAGAAGAUGGACAGACUCCUUUACAUUUGUCUGCCCUUAGGGAUGAUGUGCUUUGUGCACGGAUGUUAUAUAAUUAUGGAGCGGACACAAACACAAGGAACUAUGAAGGACAGACCCCAUUGGCUGUUUCAAUAAGUAUUUCUGGAAGUAGUCGACCAUGUUUGGAUUUCUUACAAGAAGUCACAAGACAGCCCAGAAACUUACAGGACCUGUGCCGAAUUAAAAUUCGACAAUGUAUAGGCCUUCAAAACCUAAAGCUACUUGACGAACUACCAAUUGCCAAGGUCAUGAAAGACUACUUAAAACACAAAUUUGAUGAUAUCUGA